UUCAUCCCGGUAAUUAAAAAAUAAAAGGAAAUCAUGUUGUUGGAAACAGCGGAUCUCCAUUAUCCACUCAAAUCCAUCACCAAAUAAUCUACAAAAUCUGAAUCUGAACCAAUCAAUUUUGCGUAAAGCCACAUAUAAAACCAAUGGGAUUAGAUUUUAAAGGAAAGAAGAACCCUAUCUAUCUCUCUCUCUCUCUCUCUAAACAGAAACACCAUGUCAGCAACAGCUUUACACUCAUCUCUUUGUAUCUCUUCUUCACAAUCACAAUCACAAUCAUCUUCUCCCUCAAAUUCCCAGCAGCAACUGAGUUUCCACUUGGCUACCAAACCCAAAAGUCUUCUCCAAAAUCAUCCACUCUACCUAUCAGCCCAUGCGAAUCUCUCCCUCCAAAUCCAAGAAAAAAUCAUCUUUCUUGAAAUCAUGGGAAUUGAAUCAGGCAAGGUUUUGUCUCUUAACCCUUCUCUCCACUCAGCCCCUCUUCAUUACAUUCAUUCCAUUAUCUCAUUCCUCCGAUCCAAAGGCAUCCGCCACAAGGACUUGCCCAGAAUCUUCGGCAUGUGCCCAAAACUCCUCACCGCGAACAUCAAAACUGACAUUGACCCCGUUUUUAACUUCCUCUCACAAGACUUGAAAGUCCCAGAACACAACUUCAGGAGGGUCAUCAACAAGUGCCCAAGAUUGCUUGUUUCCAGCGUGAGAGACCAACUCAAACCGGCUUUGUUUUUUCUUCAAAGACUUGGGUUCAAGGACUUGGAAACUUUGGCUUAUCAAGACUCGAUUUUGUUAGUUUCCAGUGUAGAGAACACCUUGAUUCCCAAGCUUAAGUAUUUAGAGGGUAUUGGGUUGUCGAGGGAUGAGGCGUUGGUUAUGGUUUUGAGGUGUCCGGCGCUGUUUACUUUCAGUCUUGAAAAUAAUUAUAAGCCCAAAUAUGAGUACUUUGUUGAGGUGAUAAAGGGGGAUUUGGAAGAGUUGAAACAUUUUCCUCAGUAUUUUGCUUUUAGUUUGGAAAAGAGAAUCAAGCCUAGACACAUUGAGAGUGUGAAAAGUGGGGUGAAAUUGUCUUUGCCAGCCAUGCUUAAGAGCACCGAUGAAGAGUUCAAUGAAUUGAUAAAGCGAGGCAGUUGAUGAGUCUCCUAGUCAUAGCCAAUUGCGUCUCUGUAAACAGUAACAGAAAGCUAAUGCUAUUUUGGCUUUGUAAUUGUGAUUGCGUUUUUUUUUUUUUUUCUCGAACAAGGUAGCGUAUGUAUCAUGGCUUUGAAGCCAUCAAGUUGGCUAAUGUGGCUGUUACUUUAUGGAGAUCGAGCUGUCAAUAAAACACAUCGAGUAAUAAUCAAGAUUACCGAAUUGGCCAAUA